AUGGUCCCCUUCCUAGCUUACGUCGCUUAUUCAGUCACUCGAGCUGGCAACCGGGGCCUGUUCGCUAAGCCGGAAGCCGGGGACGAUCUGGGGCUUGGCGACGGCGCCGAGUCUCCCUUCAACGUGGAGCUCGAACCGUGGCCCCCAUCGACUUCAAUGGCGAAGUCUCGUUCUCUUUUGUCGACAACCGAACUCGCUGCGCCAACGAUUGCGUACACAACAGGAACAACGAGCGAAUACCAGCAUUUGCCCGAGCAUGACGACCAAUUGACGAGCCUUUCUGAACUACGCGGAAAACGAGCACACUCCCUCGCGCCAUCGCGUGGAAUCAUCAGCCGCACCAACUCCUUCGACACCGUCACCAACCCCGCGAGCAGCACCGUUGACGGUAAUGAGGUGACGAAGCCGCAAGUCAAGCGACGACGACAACGCGCAACCGAGGCCGAGGCCUGCUGGAAGAAGUACUGGGCUUGA